AUGCCGGUGAUCAACGCAUUCCAUAUUGUGCAAUCGGCAAGGCUGCUACGGCUUUACAGGCCAACUCUGAAGGGACAUUUCACGUGUCGAUUGGGCUCGUCGAAGGCGGAAUCCUUUCUAUGUGGCUCCAACGCUAACUUUCUAGAAGCUCAAUAUGUCGAUUGGACGAAGAAGGGAGCGGUAGAUUCGGCUCGGGGCCACCUUUUGGCCAAGACCGAUCCCCUAAACUUGACCAUAGCGGCCCACUGGAUGACGAAGGCGCAAAACUUAGAACUAGAUGAUAAGGGCCUGGAGUUCAAGUUUGUCGCCAGAGAAUUGGGAACCGUUCUGAGCGAUAAACACAUGGAUAUGGAAUUUGAACUGACGGACAGAACUAGUAUUGGGGGUGAAGAGACAAAACUACCUUUAAGAGAAAUAAAGAGACGCCUGGAGAAGGCGUACUGCGGCCCCAUCGGGGUGGAGUAUAUGCACGUCCACGACAUCGACGGCAUCCAGUUCAUCAGGGAGAGGAUGGAGACACCCGGCGUCAUGGACAUGUCGGUGGAGCACAAGAAAAUCAUCAUGCGCAGGCUGACGAAAGCAGUUUUCAUUGAAAAAUAUUUCGCAACAAAAUGGCCGGCGGAGAAACGCUUCGGGCUGGAGGGGGGCGAGAGUCUCAUCGUGAUGCUGGAGGAGAUCGUGGACACCAGUACCAAGCUGGGUGUGGAGUCGAUCGUAAUGGCGAUGCCGCAUAGGGGUCGCCUCAAUGUGCUGGUCAACGUGUGUCGCAAGCAGCUAACUGAUAUCUUCGCUCACUUUAGACCUAUGGAGCCCAAGGAAGUGGGCUCCGGAGACAUCAAGUACCAUCUGGGCACGCACAUCCACCGGUUCAUCAGGCGUACCAACAGAUACAUAAAGGUGUCGAUGAGCUGCAACCCCUCGCACUUGGAGGUGGUCACGCCCGUAGUGGUGGGCAAGGCGCGUGCCGAGCAGCACUGGACCGGCGACAAGAACGGCGAUAAGGUGGUCACCAUCUUUGCCUUCGCU